UCAUGUUUGACAAUAAGUGAAGAAGAUAGAUAAUAUAUAAACUAUUUUAAAUAGAAUCAAAAUAAGAAUGUAUCUAUCUAUUAUAAAAAAUAAUUAAAUAUUAAUAUAAUAAGUACAUUGCGCGUCAAGUGUCUCAUUGGAUCAUCAUAGAUUUUUAGUCGUAGAUUGGACUACAUCAGCAAGAUAACAUUUUUAUUGUGAAGAUGGCUAGCAGUACCACACCAGAAAAUAACAACUUUCUCGAGAAAGUAAAGGAUUUCCCACCAAUUAUCGAUGGCAAAAUUAAUGCAGUAAAAUUUAUUGAAUCAGCUCUGGGCUUGUUAUGGGUUGUUGAGAGCCUUGGUAAAAUUUUUGCUCCAGUUAAAUAUGACAUGGAAGGAAAUAUUGAUAAAAUCAAGAAGCUGGACCCAAAAGAAAACUCCUGUUUACUUGAAUUAUUACAUAGAGAAUGUUUACAAUCUCAAGGCAAACCCGUAGCAACCGAGGGAUUAUUAUGGCUUAACAGAUCGCUUUGUUUCUUUGAAAUUGUGUUUGAAGAAAUGAUACACUUGAUGGAGGAAAACAAUUUGGACAUAAAUAUGAGGAAGAUAUAUACCAUUGCAUAUGAAGGGUCUGUUAAGAGAUAUCACAACUGGGUUACUCAACAAAUAUUUGCACUCAUUUGCCGGUUGGCUCCUACACUUCAUCAACUGUUGAAAUCAUUUGGAGUGGACACCAACAAUGUAGCAUCAUUUAAAACCAGACUCACAAGUUUUAACAUAACAUUACAUUUAGUGAGGUGUAAAAUUGAUGAUUUUUACAAAGAUAAUAAUUUAUUUUGUUAAUAAUAAUACUUAAAGCUAGUAUUUUAAUAAGCCGCCAUAUUUAUUGUCCGAUUAGCAAUAACAUUUGUAUAUACCAUUAAGUAUAUUUGAAAUUAAGAAUAGUACCCAUACAGUGCAUAGUCAGUAACAAUUAAUAAAAGCAGAGGCUAAACUGUUUUUAAACAUGCCUGUUUAGCAUGUGAUUUAUUUAUAAAAGUUAAAGCUAAUUUAUUGUUUUCAUUUUAUGUAGUUGCAGCUGAGAUAUUAUGCUAACUAUGCCAAAAUAUUGCUAUACUUACCAAAACAGUAAAAAAAACAAAAUAAGGAAUUCAGUGCCUUGAUGCGUCUUGUUCUUAAAGUUUCCAUUACCAAAAAAUUAAAAGUAGAACCAAUGACUAGGUACCUACUUACUUAGUUGUGAUACCUAUAUCAUUAACAUCACAAGGGUUUUGAAACCUCAUAUUACUUUAAAAAAUUUAGUUUUUCUAAUUUUUAAGCUUUUUAAGCAUAAAGGAGGCAUAAUCGACAUAUUUAUAUUACUCUAAAAACACAUGCCUAUGUGACAUAUGAUAUGACAUAUAUGUUUUUGUGUGGCCUAAUAUAAAAAUUUCCUAUAUAGGCAACUUAUAAACAAUAUUAGAGACUCCCGGUCUACCGGGAGUCUCUAAUCUUUAUGAUAGUUUCCUUUUCGUGGGCCAUUUUGAGAUUGUAUGGUAUUUGGCACUUUUCGCAUGCCAAGUUGGCAGGCUCUAGAUCUGGCCCACGUUUCGAGAUCGCUUUAGUCCACUGUUAGCCUUAUAAAUCUUAUAAUGUAAAACUAGUAUGGUCAAAGAAAAAAAAAAUGUACCAACCCUAGAAAAUUAUGUAUGAAGUUAAGUGUUCAGAGAUUGUUACUCUGUACUAAAUCAAAAUUUGAAUGACAUACUUAAUGGGUCAUGGACCCAAACACAGAAUUAAAAUUGUAUGUAAGAAAAUAAUAGCAGCAUACUUAGCAUAACUGUUAUAUUGCUUUACUCUUUAAAAAGCUGUUUUAAUUAAAAGUGCAUAAAAUGCUAAUAUGAUGUGCUAUAGAAAUCCGUAAAGGACUUUAACAAAAAAAUCAUGUGUUAUUUUCAAUCUCAUAUUAUUUCUUAGUAAUAAUAAAGUCACUAGUGGUGUGGUCAUAGCAACCUAACAGUAUUAAGCAUAAUUCUAGCCAUAUUUGGGGUCUAAAGGGUCCUAUAAAAUAAGGCUCAGUGUAGCUUUGUUAUCUAACAUUGUUCUGUAAUUUAAAACAAAUGCAUACAUAGAAAUUAUUUAUUGUUUAAAAAAGAAUACUUAGCCUAAGGAACCCUCUCAUGUUAGAGACUGUGUUGAAAUUGUACAAAAAUCUCUAAAAGCAUAUUGAAUAGAUUAAAAUUCGAAAACAGUUUGAUUGUGAUGCACAAGGCAUUUCAUGAGUUCAGAUUAAAGUAAAUGUAAAAAUUCUGAUAGGUAUGGAACUAUUUUAACACUUCUAAAUUUAUGGUUGCAUUGCUGAUUUAAAUAAAUGUACCUAUUUGUAUGUAAUCUAAGUUAAAUUAGAUUGAGAAAAUUAACACAAUUUGAAGCAGUAUGAGAAUUUUGUAAUGUGACCUCAGUCUAUUUGGG